AUGCAUGCAUCUGCAAUCGACAAGGCAGCUCUGCAAUCUCAUGUGAAAGCUGAAGCGUCUUCACUGGGCUUUCAGCUUGGCUGGAGCGUGUUGCUCGUCAUUGCGGCUCCAUGUGACCACCCGCACUACAAGCAGAAUCCGUCGGAAUGCUUCAACCUGUGCGACUCACCCACACUGCUCACUCGCAGCAACAUGCAUGCAUCUGCAAUCGACAAGGCAGCUCUGCAAUCUCAUGUGAAAGCUGAAGCGUCUUCACUGGGCUUUCAGCUUGGCUGGAGCGUGUUGCUCGUCAUUGCGGCUCCAUGUGACCACCCGCACUACAAGCAGAAUCCGUCGGAAUGCUUCAACCUGUGCGACUCACCCACACUGCUCACGCGCGGCAACAUGCAUGCAUCUGCAAUCGACAAGGCAGCUCUGCAAUCUCAUGUGAAAGAUGAAGCGUCUUCACUGGGCUUUCAGCUUGGCUGGAGCGUGUUGCUCGUCAUUGCGGCUCCAUGUGACCACCCGCACUACAAGCAGAAUCCGUCGGAAUGCUUCAACCUGUGCGACUCACCCACACUGCUCACGCGCGGCAACAUGCAUGCAUCUGCAAUCGACAAGGCAGCUCUGCAAUCUCAUGUGAAAGCUGAAGCGUCUUCACUGGGCUUUCAGCUUGGCUGGAGCGUGUUGCUCGUCAUUGCGGCUCCAUGUGACCACCCGCACUACAAGCAGAAUCCGUCGGAAUGCUUCAACCUGUGCGACUCACCCACACUGCUCACGCGCGGCAACAUGCAUGCAUCUGCAAUCGACAAGGCAGCUCUGCAAUCUCAUGUGAAAGCUGAAGCGUCUUCACUGGGCUUUCAGCUUGGCUGGAGCGUGUUGCUCGUCAUUGCGGCUCCAUGUGACCACCCGCACUACAAGCAGAAUCCGUCGGAAUGCUUCAACCUGUGCGACUCACCCACACUGCUCACGCGCGGCAACAUGCAUGCAUCUGCAAUCGACAAGGCAGCUCUGCAAUCUCAUGUGAAAGCUGAAGCGUCUUCACUGGGCUUUCAGCUUGGCUGGAGCGUGUUGCUCGUCAUUGCGGCUCCAUGUGACCACCCGCACUACAAGCAGAAUCCGUCGGAAUGCUUCAACCUGUGCGACUCACCCACACUGCUCACGCGCGGCAACAUGCAUGCAUCUGCAAUCGACAAGGCAGCUCUGCAAUCUCAUGUGAAAGCUGAAGCGUCUUCACUGGGCUUUCAGCUUGGCUGGAGCGUGUUGCUCGUCAUUGCGGCUCCAUGUGACCACCCGCACUACAAGCAGAAUCCGUCGGAAUGCUUCAACCUGUGCGACUCACCCACACUGCUCACGCGCGGCAACAUGCAUGCAUCUGCAAUCGACAAGGCAGCUCUGCAAUCUCAUGUGAAAGAUGAAGCGUCUUCACUGGGCUUUCAGCUUGGCUGGAGCGUGUUGCUCGUCAUUGCGGCCUCCAUGUGA